UGCAUCGUCCAGAAUUCCCAACUCUAGCAAGAUGGCCAAAAUCGCGAUCACUCUUUUUAACUUAAUCGCGAUUUUCUUAGCAGUAAGUUUGGUCGACACGGUAGAGGGCGAAGACGACACUUUAGUGCUACUUCACGUGCUAUUUAGACAUGGAAACAGAACACCGGAUAAAAUGAGUCUGUAUCCCAAUGACCCAUACUUAUCUGAGACGUACGAACCAAUUGGAUACAGCCAGUUGACUCUAAAAGGAAAACUCACUGAGUACCAAAUUGGAAAAUACAUUCGCGAACAGUACGGGAAUCUUAUCCCAGCACAGUACACUCCAGAUGUGGUUUACGCAAUAUCUACAAACAUGAAAAGGACCAAAAUGUCCCUAGAACUGGUGCUUUCAGCACUUUUCCCUCCUCUUCCAACAGACGAAUUUGUGCCUUUGUUGCCAUGGCAGCCUCUUCCAUUCAACAUUGAACAGGCUGAAGGAAUCCUUGGAGUGGCAUCCUUAUAUUGCGCAAAUUAUAUCAAUGCAUAUUUCAAAUACCUGUUAUCUAAAGAGGCCCAAAAAAUCUGUGACAGUUACAAAAAUUUAUACCAAGAACUGAGUACCUUCUCUGGUGCGGAAGUACGAACACCAAGACAAGCUUCAGGAAUUUACUUCACCUUGAAGAGCGAGGACGACUAUGGUCUGAAAGUUCCCGAAUGGACUCAAGGACUUUACCCCGAUUUGAUGGAAGAAGCUGCUUCAGUUGAUUACGAAUUUUCCACAGCUAAUCCAACCUUGAAAAAAUUAUCAGCUGGUUUCUUGCUUAAGAAGAUUUUACAAGACAGCGUCUCCAAACAAAAUGGCACGUUGUCAGACGAACGGAAAGUCUUUUUGUAUUCAGCUCACGAGUUCAACGUUGCUACGAUGCUGAGGACUUUGAAUGUUUUCUACAGACAUGUGCCGCCGUUUGGGGCUACCAUUUAUUUUGAGAUUCAUAACAUUAACGGGGUUUAUGGUCUAAAACUAUUUUAUCAAGAUUAUACUCAACUCACGCCAAAACUUUUGACAAUUCCUGGUUGUUUGAGUUUCUGCCCGCUUGACGAUGUCUACAGGUUGGUUGAAGAUGUUUUACCUGGAGAGAGCGAUGUGUGUAGUUCAACAGAUGAAGUUUUCUAAAUUACCAAGUUUACCAAGUUGAAAUGUAUAAUUUGUUGAUGUUUUUAAACAUCUUGUUUGUUUGAUCCAGUUACAAAUAAAAAUUACAUUUCCUUA